AUGCCGUCCCGAUACGACCCCUCCAUUUUUGAACAGCCUCUGUAUGCGUGGUGGGAGCAGGCGGGGCUUUUUAAGCCGGCCAAGCCCAAUGGAAAGGAACCUUUUACGAUUUGCAUGCCCCCGCCGAAUGUGACUGGUGGUUUGCACAUGGGGCAUGCCAUGUUCGCGACGAUCGAAGAUAUAUUGGCUCGAUACCAUCGCAUGAAGGGCCGUCCGACGCUGUGGUUGCCGGGUACUGACCAUGCUGGUAUUGCCACGCAGCUGGUUGUCGAGAAAAUGCUCGCGAAGGAAGGCAUCAAGCGACAGGACAUCGGCAGGGAAAAACCAGAGACCAUUUUGGGCGAUACUGCGCUUUGCGUCCACCCUGAGGACCCGAGAUAUAAGCAUCUUAUUGGCAAAAAAGCCCUGGUCCCGAUUGUGGGUCGAGAAAUCCCGGUAAUUGCGGAUGAGUACGUCGACCGAGAGUUUGGGACAGGCGCCCUGAAGAUAACCCCUGGUCACGACCAAAAUGAUUACGAGUUAGGGAAAAAGCAUGACCUCCCCAUUGUGAAUAUUAUGAAUAAGGAUGCGAGCAUAAACUCAAACGGUGGGCAGUUUGAAGGACUAGACCGUUUCGAUGCGAGAAAAGAGUUGUGGAAAACCAUGGAUGAGAAGGGCCUCGUCAUCAAAGUUGAGGACCACGUCAAUCGCGUGCCAAGAAGCCAGCGCGGUGGAGAAGUGGUGGAACCUUUGAUCUCAACUCAAUGGUUUGUAAAGAUGAAAACGCUCGCUGAACCAGCUCUUGCUGCCGUCCGCAGUAAAGAGAUUACUAUCGUGCCUGAGCGGUUUGAAAAAGUAUAUUUCAAUUGGCUCGAAGACAUCAAGGACUGGUGCAUCUCUCGCCAGCUUUGGUGGGGACAUAGAAUUCCCGUGUGGUAUGUUGAAGAACAUGCAGGUGAGUAUAUUGUGGCGCGGAGCGAAGAAGAGGCGCGGCAAAGUGCGUCGGAAAAGUACGCCGGUGAGUCUGUGACACUUCGACAAGAGACUGAUGUCCUCGACACGUGGUUCUCUUCGGGACUCUGGCCAUUCUCAACGAUGGGGUGGCCGAACGAAAAGGCCGAUGAUCUUCAGUCUUUCUUCCCAGGCUCGGUCAUGGAGACAGGGUACGACAUUAUUUUCUUCUGGGUCGCAAGAAUGAUCAUGAUGAGCAUUUGGCUUACCGGCAAAAUCCCCUUCCAUGUUGUGUACCUUCACGGCUUGGUUCGAGAUAAAGACGGUCAAAAAAUGAGCAAGAGUAUCGGGAAUGUCAUCGAUCCUCUGGACACCAUCGCGUCGUAUGGAACAGAUGCGCUUCGGUAUACGCUCGUCACCGGAAGCACCCCAGGUCAAGACAUUCCACUAUCGAACGAAAAUGUAGAAGCAAAUAGAAACUUUGCAAACAAACUUUGGAAUGCGUCUCGAUAUAUUAUUGGGAAUCUCAAGGAUGUGUCAGACGACGAGAAGAAGGAACUGGCUCAGAUUGGGGAAUCAAAAAUCUCAGUUGCAUUUGAAUCAUUGGGGCUGCCAGAGCGAUACAUCAUUUCCAAGCUUCACGUCUUGGUCGAAAAGGUAGAUACCGGCCUUCAUACCCUCUCAUUUGGAGAUGCAGGUCGACAGAUUUAUCAGUUUUUGUGGGAUGAGUUUGCGGAUUGGUACGUUGAAGCAUCAAAAACAAGACUUUAUGGCAACGACAGGAUUGCUGCGAAGGAAUCUCGCGCUACAUUGGUGUACGUUAUGGAUACAUGCUUGCGGUUGCUGCAUCCCUUCAUGCCUUACGUCACAGAAACGUUGUGGCACCGAUUUCCGAGAGACAAAGCCGCUGAGCAGUCUUUAAUGACAGCUGCCUGGCCCCCGGGUGGAUCAAUAGACGGCGAUUCAAUACUACGUUUUGAGAAACUGCAAUCUCUUGUUCGCUCCAUACGCAACGCUCGUGCGGAGUACCAAGUGGAGCCUGGUCGAAAGAUUCCGAUAACAGUGAAAGCAGAUGGCGUGACUGCCGAUGAUGUCAAGGCCGAAAAAAGUGUCCUAUGUUCGCUGGCGCGACUUGAUCCUGAUCAAUUCCUUGUGGAAGUGAUGACAGAUGAAUUUGCUUCAGCAACAGAUGCCGAAGACGAUAUGGCACUGCGCCUCUACGUUGUAGAUGGUUUGGAGGCGGUCAUCCCAAUGAGCGGGAUGAUUGAUUAUGAAAAGGAGAUUUAG